CUCCUUGUCAAAACCAUCAAAAUUUAUGUAGCAUUUUGAAAAAUCUAUUUUGGACCAAAAAAUUCUAGUAAAAAUCAUAUCGUAUUAUAAAAUUUUAGUAAAAAACCAUCAUGAGGGAGUGCAUUUCUAUCCACGUUGGACAAGCUGGAGUCCAAAUAGGUAAUGCAACAUGGGAACUUUACUGUUUGGAGCAUGGUAUCCAACCUGAUGGAAGAAUAACCACUGAAAAAGAGGUGGUAUCAGAUAAUUGCUAUGGUACCUUUUUCUCUGAAGUUGAAAAUGGAAAAAUGGUACCCAGAGCCCUUAUGGUUGAUUUAGAACCAACUGUUGUCGAUGAAAUAAGGGGUGGGGUUUAUAAAAGACUCUUCCACCCUGAGCAGAUGAUUACAGGAAAGGAAGAUGCUGCAAAUAACUACGCAAGAGGCCACUACACUGUGGGCAAAGAAUGCAUAAACACUGUAAUGGAAAGGCUGUACAAACUGGCAGAAAAUUGCUCAGGUUUACAAGGUUUCUUGGUGUUCCACUCCUUUGGAGGCGGCACUGGAUCCGGAUUUACCUCCUUGUUGAUGCAAAAGUUAUCGCAAGAUUUUGGAAAAAAGAGCAAACUCGAAUUUGUUGUUUAUCCAGCUCCUCAAGUGUGCACCGCGGUUGUGGAACCAUAUAACGCCAUACUUACCACCCAUACAACUCUAAGCCAAUCUGAUUGCGCGUUUAUGGUAGACAAUGAAGCAAUUUAUGACAUCUGCAGAAGAAAAUUGGGAAUAGAACGCCCAAACUACAUUAAUUUGAAUAGGCUGAUCAGUCAGGUGGUUUCUUCUAUCACAGCAUCUUUAAGAUUUGAUGGUGCUUUAAAUGUGGAUUUAACAGAGUUUCAAACUAACCUGGUGCCAUACCCGCGAAUUCACUUCCCUCUAGCUUCAUAUGCACCUGUAGUAUCCUCAGAAAAAGCAUAUCAUGAGGGUAUGUCUGUGGCCGAAAUAACUUCAGAUCUUUUUGACCCAUCCAACCAAAUGGUGAAAUGUGACCCAAGAGAGGGCAAAUACAUGGCCUGUUGUUUACUCUACAGGGGCGAUGUUGUUCCAAAAGACGUAAACGCGUCCAUUGCGCACAUGAAGUCGAGAAGCAACGUUAGAUUUGUUGACUGGUGUCCCACAGGGUUCAAAGUUGGCAUCAACUACCAACCACCAUCUGUUGUGCCUGGAGGUGACUUGGCAACAGUUCAAAGAGCGGUUUGCAUGCUGUCAAAUACAACAGCUAUACUGUCUGCUUGGAAGAAAUUGAACAAAAAAUUUGAUUUAAUGUAUGCCAAAAGGGCGUUUGUGCAUUGGUAUAUAGGUGAAGGUAUGGAGGAAGGCGAAUUUUCCGAAGCUAGAGAAGAUUUGGCAACAUUGGAAAAGGAUUAUACAGAGGUAGCUACUGAUGCAGCCGAUAUGGUUGAUGAUGACGUAAAUCAGAUUUGAGUUUAAUUAUGUGCUUAGGUUAAAUAAAUCAUUAUAUUUGAAUUAA